AUGAAAGGGUUAUCCAGCAGCCGCAGCCAUCACCACGGAGUCACCUGCGAUUCCACCUGUGACUCGCACCACUCGGACCGCAAGCCAUACCUGCUGAGCCCAGUGGAGCACCACCCGGCUGACCACCCUUACUACACGCAGCGCAACUCUUUCCAGGCCGAGUGCGUGGGCCCCUUCAGCGACCCGCUGGCCAGCAGCACCUUCCCUCGCAGGCACUACAACUCGCAGCAGGAGCUGAAGGACGAGUGCGCCCUUGUGCCCCGCACCCUGGCCACCAAGGCCAAUCGCCUCCCCCCCAACCUCCUGGACCAGUUUGAGAGGCAGCUGCCGCUCAGCCGGGAUGGGUACCACACGCUGCAGUACAAGCGCACAGCCCUGGAGCACCGCAGCGACAGCCCGGGCCGCAUCCGCCACCUGGUCCACUCGGUCCAGAAGCUCUUCACCAAGUCGCACUCCUUGGAGGGACCAUCCAAAGGCAGCGUCAACGGGGGCAAAGCCAGCCCCGACGAAACACAGACCGUGAGGUAUGGCAAGCGCAGCAAGAGCAAGGAGAGGCGCCCGGAGCCCAAGGCCCGGCCCAACACCUCCCCCAACACCUCGCCGGGCUGGUGGAGCUCCGACGACAACCUGGACAGCGACAUGUGCAUCUACCACUCUCCGUCGGGCGUGAUGACCAUGGGCAGGUGCCCUGACCGCUCGGCCUCGCAGUACUUCAUGGAGACCUACAACACCAUCAGUGAGCAGGCGGUCAAGGCCUCCCGGAGUAACAACGACGUCAAGUGCUCCACCUGUGCCCACCUGCCCGUCAACCUGGAUGCGCCGCUCCUGAAGAAGAGCGCCUGGUCGUCCACGCUGACUGUGAGCCGCGCCCGGGAGGUCUACCAGAAGGCCUCGGUGAACGUGGACCAGGCCAUGGUGAAGUCUGAGUCGUGUCAGCAAGAACGUUCCUGCCAGUACCUUCAGGUUCCUCAAGAUGAAUGGACAGGGUAUACCCCUCGAGGUAAAGACGAUGAAAUUCCAUGCCGAAGAAUGCGGAGUGGCAGCUAUAUCAAAGCCAUGGGAGAUGAAGACAGUGGUGACUCGGACACAAGUCCCAAGCCGUCUCCCAAAGUUGCUGCACGAAGAGAAAGCUAUCUCAAGGCUACUCAGCCAUCCCUUACAGAACUCACCACACUCAAGAUUUCCAAUGAACACUCCCCCAAACUCCAGAUCCGGAGUCACAGUUACUUGAGGGCAGUAAGUGAAGUCUCCAUCAACCGAAGCCUAGACAGCCUUGACCCUGCUGGCCUGCUCACGUCACCAAAGUUCCGCUCCAGGAAUGAGAGCUACAUGCGAGCCAUGAGCACCAUCAGCCAGGUGAGCGAGAUGGAGGUGAACGGGCAGUUCGAGUCCGUGUGCGAGUCGGUGUUCAGCGAGCUGGAGUCCCAGGCAGUGGAAGCUCUGGACCUGCCCGUGCCCGGCUGCUUCCGCAUGCGGAGCCACAGCUACGUGCGGGCCAUCGAGAAGGGCUGCUCCCAGGACGACGAGUGCGUGUCCCUGAGGUCCUCCUCCCCGCCGCGCACCACCACCACCGUGAGGACCAUUCAGAGCAGCACGGUGUCAUCUUGCAUUACAACAUAUAAGAAGACACCACCUCCAGUCCCACCCAGAACUACCACGAAACCUUUCAUUUCUAUCACAGCCCAGAGUAGCACAGAGUCUGCCCAGGAUGCCUACAUGGACGGACAGGGCCAGCGAGGAGAUAUUAUCAGCCAGUCUGGACUGAGCAACUCCACGGAGAGCCUGGACAGUAUGAAGGCUCUGACAGCCGCCAUCGAAGCCGCCAAUGCCCAGAUCCACGGCCCUGCAAGUCAACACAUGGGCAACAACCCUGCCACCAUCACCACCACGACCACCAUAGCCACCAUCACUACAGAGGACAGGAAGAAGGAUCACUUUAAGAAAAAUCGAUGCCUGUCAAUUGGGAUACAGGUGGAUGAUGCUGAAGAACCUGACAAAACAGGGGAAAAUAAAGCACCCAGUAAGUUCCAGUCCGUAGGAGUGCAAGUAGAAGAAGAGAAGUGCUUCCGCAGGUUCACCCGAUCCAACAGUGUGACGACGGCAGUGCAGGCUGACCUGGACUUCCACGACAACCUGGAAAACUCUCUGGAGUCUAUAGAGGACAAUUCGUGCCCGGGCCCCGCGGCCAGGCAGUUCUCCCGGGACGCCAGCACCUCCACCGUCAGCAUUCAGGGCUCAGGAAACCACUACCACGCCUGUGCGGCCGACGACGACUUCGACGCGGAUUUUGACCCUUCGAUCCUGCCUCCGCCGGACCCCUGGAUUGACUCGAUCACCGAAGACCCCAUGGAGGCCGUUCAAAGGUCAGUGUGCCACCGGGAUGGCCACUGGUUUCUGAAGCUUCUGCAGGCGGAGCGAGACCGCAUGGAAGGCUGGUGCCAGCAGAUGGAGAGAGAAGAGCGGGAGAACAACCUGCCGGAAGACAUUCUAGGGAAAAUCCGAACGGCAGUGGGCAGUGCCCAACUUCUCAUGGCCCAGAAAUUCUACCAGUUCAGAGAACUGUGUGAAGAAAACCUGAACCCUAAUGCUCAUCCGAGGCCCACCUCCCAGGAUUUGGCGGGGUUCUGGGACAUGCUGCAGUUGUCCAUAGAAAAUAUUAGUAUGAAAUUUGAUGAACUCCAUCAGUUAAAGGCCAAUAAUUGGAAACAGAUGGAUCCUCUUGACAAGAAGGAGAGAAGGGCCCCUCCUCCAGUGCCAAAGAAGCCGGCGAAGGGCCCCGCGCCGCUGAUCCGGGAGCGCUCGCUGGAGAGCUCGCAGCGCCAGGAGGCCCGCAAGCGCCUGAUGGCCGCCAGGCGGGCCGCGUCCGUCCGCCAGAACUCGGCCACCGAGAGCGCCGAGAGCAUCGAGAUCUACAUCCCCGAGGCGCAGACCCGGCUCUGA